CGUUUGAUUUUCUCUCUCCUCUUCUCUUCAUUUUUUUCCCCCUCCCCAAAUUUUUCGCAAAACCCCCCUCUUUCAACCCCUCCAAAUCUUUUCACCAUGUCUGCCGAGGAGCACGAUGUCACUUUCGAUUCGGCUGAUGCCGGAGCUUCGCUCACUUACCCCAUGCAGUGUUCUGCUCUGCGCAAGAACGGCCACGUUGUGAUCAAGAACCGCCCUUGCAAAAUCAUUGACAUGUCUACCUCCAAGACUGGAAAGCACGGUCACGCCAAGGUUCACUUGAUCGCCACCGAUAUCUUCACCGGCAAGAAGCUUGAGGAUCUCUCCCCCUCCACCCACAACAUGGAUGUCCCCAACGUUACCCGCAAGGAGUACCAGCUCCUCGAUAUCACUGAGGAUGGCUUCAUGUCCCUCAUGACCGACAACGGUGACACCAAGGAGGAUGUCAAGGUCCCCGACAACGAGGUUGGUCAGAAGAUCAACCAGAUGUUCCUUACCGAGGAGAAGGAUUGCAACAUCGUCGUCCUUACUGCCAUGAACGAGGAGGCCGCCAUGGAGUGCAAGGAGGCUCCCAAGGCUUAA